CCAUUAUUUUGAGGCCAACAGAGAACUACAACUCCCAUGUUUUUAAAGGGCGCGUCAUAUCCAAUCACGAGUUGACACUGUGUGACCACAGUUCCUGGUUACGGGCAGAGAGAGAGUGGCUAUAUACGAGCUCCAAUUUAAAGAUCUGUUAUUUCAAUAGGUGCUGAAAACUGUUGACCAUGAUCGACGUGCGAGGCUGGGCGGAGUACGUGGUGGAGUGGGCUGCCAAAGACCCCUACGGUUUCCUCACGACGGUCAUACUGGCUCUCACACCCCUCUUCAUUGCCAGUGCGCUGUUGUCGUGGAAACUGGCCAAGAUGAUUGAAGCCCGGGACAAAGAGCAGAAGAAAAAGCAGAAACGUCAGGAGAAUAUUGCAAAGGCCAAGAGGGCCAAGAAAGACUGAGCCUCUGAGAAGGGCACGGAGGGAUAAGCAAUAGGAGGGAGCUAAAUGGCCUGGCCCACGGCUGUAUUUCCCUCCCAAGUCUUUCUGCCCCCCAGGACUCAGCCCCACUACCAUUGCAGGCCCACAAGGCAGCUUUUGUGGGAGAAGAAGAGGAAAAAUGCCCACAGGGCCCCAGGGCUGACAGACAAUACUGCAGGGACGUGGCGCCUCCUCCUCUCUAUGGGACUCUUGGUAGCAAGAGCACAGUGGUCAUCUGUAUAAUUUGUUUCUGUGCAGAGAUUCACUUUACAUUGCAGCUGUUGCAUCACCUUGCAUUCCCUUUUUACCAUUGAUUUUGUUGAUUUGAUUGCAUAGAAACUCGACUGGAAAUGUCAUUUUCUUCCAAAUUGAAAGUAUUAUUACCAAGUGAUUUUAAUAAAGUGCUGGUGGGUUAUAGUUAUCUCUGGGCAUUUAAAUAUAGAAGUGGAUUACAAUAACAUCCAAGUGUCUUUCAUUGUAAAACGUUUAGUCUCUAGCACCUUGUUGUGAAGUUAAUUAAGGAGCCCUGAAAUUAUGCUACUGGUGCAAGCCAUGAAAACCCCCCACCACUGAGCAAGACUGAUUAUUUUAUCUAUUCCAUCACCCUUUUUUUUUAUCAGAUCUUUCAUUCCGAUUUGUAAUCAAGUGAAGUAAUUUUCUCUUAAGAAAUUCAUUCAAUGACCACUGGAGCUGUAGUAAGAUAAUAUUCAGUUAAUUUAUCUAUAUAUAUAUAUUUUCAUUUACUGUUUUACCACCAGGUUUGAGUGUGUAGCUAUUUCUAAAUCUACCCUGCCCUGUGACGGUGACAAAUGGAUAGAAUUUAGUAUUUAAUAGAAAUUGGCCAUCACAAGUUAUGAUGUAGUGAUGACAAGUGAUGUCUUUAAUAUUCUUGCUUUAUCCAAGAAAGCCAAGAAAGUUCAUUUUUAGAGUGAUCCAUUAACCAACUAUUUGAACUUCAGAAGCAUCAAGCAGCACAUUUAUGGUAAUGUUCUUGAUAAAUGAACAAUGAUUUAUUUU